UCAUGACGUCAGCGGGCUUGCCGUACGCACUUCCCUGAAGUUCAGCCUGAAUGUUUACAAGCGCCGCUUCCCGCGUUACAAGAAAACAGCUGAAUAACAAGAACCGCCUGGCACACAUGGACCGUCCCUGAGUCCCGAGGAUGAUCAAGACGGAGAAGAUUCUGCAUCUGAAGAGCCACCGGGGCAGGAAGGUCCGUGUGGUCCGGGAACAUUAUCUGAGGGAGCGGGUCCCCUGCUACAGCUCUCUGUGUCAGGCGGACUGUGAGAACGAUGGAAAGGUGCUGCCUGGAGAUUUGACCCACUACGUGGUGCCUGAUGUUGGAGUGGUGGUCGACUUUCUGGAGAUCUUGGAGUUCAGAGAGCUGCAGGGUGUCGUCUUCACCCAGACCGCCUGUCAGGCUGUGCAGCACAGCAAAGGACGCAGGCAAUACAACCGUCUACGAAACCUGAUCAAAGACCCUCGACAUGACUGUGUGCUGUUUGCUAAUGAGUUUCAAGAGUACUCGUAUUGUCCACGAGAGAAGGGGGAGAGCCAGGAGAAGUGGCAGACCAGGUGUGUGUACUCUGCAGCAGUAUGGUACCAUACCCACCUGGCAGGUAUGAUGGAUGUGGUGAUGAUCACAGAGGACCAGGACGCCGUGGCUCAGUUCAGCAGCCUCAACGCUGGAGUGUACGUCAUCUCCGUCCAGGAUUUUUUGCAGAACUUCUGGCCGGAGCUGCAGGCGGCUCAUGAGCUGUACAGCUCCAUUUCUCAGGUGCUUCAAGAGAAGGAGAGCGAGAGCUCGCAGAAGGAGUACACCGAACAUCUGCCCGCUGAAAUCCUGGAGGCCGGAAUCAAGUCUGGACGAUACAUUAAGGGAACUCUGAAUAUCAACAAGCACCACGACGAGGCCUCCAUCAUGACGGAGGGUUUGUCAAAUAAGAACAACGAUCUGAGCUGGGGCGUGUUGGUGUGCGGUAAUAAGAAUCGUAACAGAGCCGUACACGGAGACACGGUCGUGGUGGAGUUGUUGCCAAAGAGCGAGUGGAGAGGGAAGGUCACGGCGCUGUCCGAGGGAGAGGAGAAGAGCGGGGAGGAAAACGAGAGCAAACCUAUGCCGACAGGGCGUGUCGUGGGGAUCCUGCAGAGGAACUGGAGGGACUAUGUCGUAACUUUUCCUCCCAGAGACGCGACUCAGUCUCAGAGCAGGAACUCUCAGCGGAUCCUGGCUAUUCCCUGGGACCGCCGCAUCCCCAAGAUCCGCAUCAGUACUCAGCAGGCCGACGCUCUGCAGGACCACAGAGUGGUGGUGCGCAUUGAUUCAUGGGAAAGCACGUCGCUCUACCCAAACGGCCACAGCGUGCGGGUGCUGGGUCGGGCUGGAGAGCUGGAGACGGAGGUCCAGACCAUCCUCAUCGAGAACUGCAUCCACGUGCCUCCCUUCUCAGACGCACAGCUGAGAGAGAUGCCAGUCAACUCUCCCGAGAAGCCGUGGAGGAUGGAUCCAGUCCAGGUGGCAGAGCGGCGGGACCUCAGGGAGACUCACCUGGUGUUCAGCAUCGACCCGCGGGGCUGCGAGGACGUGGACGACACGCUGUCGGUGCGUAGCAUCGAUGGCGGGAAGCUGCUGGAGCUGGGGGUCCACAUCGCAGACGUCACCCACUUUGUCACAGAGGGCUCGCUCACUGACCUGGAGGCACGUAUGAGGUCGACGACGUACUACCUGGCAGACCGCAGGUACGACAUGCUGCCUGCUGUUCUCAGCGCAGAUCUCUGCUCUCUGCUGGGAGGAGUCGACAGGUAUGCCAUGAGCGUAAUGUGGGAGCUCGAUGCACAAACCCUCGCCGUACACAAGGUGUGGUACGGUCGCACGGUGAUCCGCUCCUCUUACCAGCUCCACUACGAGCUGGCCCAGGCGCUCCUCAACGGAGAGCCGGCGGAGGUACCGGAGCUGGCCCAGCUGGAGCCGGAGGAGAAGGAUGCUAAGCUAGCUGAGCUCACCCAGGCUCUGGAGACGCUCACACAUGUAGCCAGACACCUCCGGGCACAGAGGGACAGAGGAGGAGCCCUGGAGCUGGAGGGGGUGGAGGUUCGCGCCCAGCUGGAUGAGCAGAGGAACAUCACAGCUCUGGUCCCCCGACAGCCGCUGGAGGUCCACGAGACCGUGGCUGAGUGCAUGAUUUACGCCAACCACUGGGUGGCGCGCAAGAUCCAGGAGACCUUUCCUCACCAGGCCCUGCUGAGGCGGCACCCGCCUCCACGGCAGGAGUUCUUCAGUCAGCUGGUGGAGAGCGCCAAGGCCGUGGGAUUCACCAUCGAUACCAGGACCAACAAGGCUUUAGCGGACUCUCUGGACCGGGCUGUGGACCCACAGGACCAGCUGGUGAACAAGAUGCUGAGGAUGAUGGCCACCACAGCCAUGUCACAGGCCCUGUACUUUUCCACUGGUCUCGAGUCCCAAGACCAGUACUACCACUACGGUUUGGCUCUGGACCGUUACACACACUUCACCUCACCCAUCCGGCGUUACGCCGACAUCGUGGUGCACCGCCUUCUCACCGCAGCCCUCGACGUGGAGAGAGGGACGGACUCUGGGAAAUCAGUAGCCAGUAACAAGGAACUGGAGGAACUGGCUCAACAUAUCAACAGCAAGAACCGGGCAGCUCAGCGGGCUCAGAAGUUGUCCACAGUCCUGUUCCAGUGUCUCUACUUCAAAGAACGAGACCCUCAGACUGACCAGCAGUGUGUAGCCGACGCCGUCGUCUACUCCAUCAGAAACAACGGCCUGCUGGUGUUCAUCCCAGAGUAUGGAGUUAAAGGGCCGGUGUACCUGAAGAAUCGAGAGGGCCAGGUGGUGGCUGCAGGGCAGGACGGCAGCUGUGAGUGGCAGAGCGGCUCCUUACGACACCAUUCAGACCACAUCAGCACCACCUCCAGCUGCGGCACCUCCACCUUCAGACUCUUCGACCACAUCACCGUUCGUAUAUCUGUCCGCUCCACAUCCUCCCACGCUGACAGUCUCAACCUUGAGGUCAUUAGUAACAAGCCCCACCGCAGCGCCGAGCCCCAGCAGCCUCACUCCCAGGGCCGCAGCCAGCUGGUGCAGGAGGUGGUGCGCCUGGCCGAGGAGGCGCACCAGCAGGCCCAGGAGAAGGCGGCCCGGCGACCCAAACUCUCCAGAGAGGAGCGAGAGUUCAGCCAGAGCAAGACGCCCAACCUGUACUCUCUGCUGGAGGAGGUGAGGGAGCUCGCGCUGAUGGACCUGGACAUGGCUGCUCAGGUGUGUGUGACAUCAGCGUAGUGACGGACGCGGAGGAGCGAAUCACAGAUGACUGACGAGAACAUUUCGUCCACGAACAGAUAACACGAAUCCUCAUCAGAACAGCAACAAGCAGGAAACACUCUUCUCUCUGAACAACUAUUUAAAGUCAGACACAGAAACAUUCAGAUUCUGUUUUUCUGAUGCUCGUCCACAAAAUAGUGAACACACUGAAACAUGAAAUGAUGUGUAACCUGAAUUUUAACAGAAUUGGUGACUGAUACUGAUACAAACAAGCAAGAGUAAAAACUAUCAAAAGUGAUCAUUAAUACUGUUUGCAUAAUUAGGAAUUGGUGCUUCAGUGAAUACUGACUUGUAAUUAGUAUUCAGCCUCAUUAUGACUCUCACACAUCAGCUGAAUGUUUGUGAGCUUUUGCUUGUUUGUAUCACAGUGAAGUUUCCACAGUCUAUUUUUGUAACGUUGUUGAUUUUGUGUCUUUUUGUAGUUUGUAAUUAAACUUGAAUGAAUGAAUGAAUGAACACUGAAGUCUGGUCUCAGUGUUUGGAACUGAAGCGUUUUGUGUAAAUAGUUAAUAAAAACUCUUCUCCCUCA